AUGCGGCGGAACCCUGCGCCUUACUUCCGCCAGUCUCUGCCGCGAGCCUUCUCCGUCCUCUCUCCUCCGCCGCCUGAACUUCCUCCUCCGCCGCGACCGCACCAGCCAUGCCUGCCAGAUCCCGGCGCCUGCACUGCCCUCCUGAGGUCCUGCGGUACCGUCCGCGCUUUGAGCUCCGCGCACGCUGCGCUUCUCCGCGCGCAGAUUCUCCCCGGAAACCUCGUCAUCGCCACCGCCCUUCUCUCCCGGUACGCCGCCCUCGGACGCGCCAGCUCUGCCAUCGCCAUCUUCUCUUCGUGCGCCUCCUCCGCGGACGCCUUCCUGUGGAACACCUUCAUCAGGUGCCUCGCUGAUGGCGGUGGCCACUGGGAGGCCGUUGCCGCCUAUCGCUCCAUGGGGGCCGAGCAUGGAAUCCGACCAGACAAGUUCACCUACCCUGCCGUCCUCAAGGCCUGCGCCCACCUCCGCGACUUGGAGCUGGGGAAAGCCCUGCACCGAGACGCAGAGGAGUUCGGUGUAGAUCGGGAUCUCUUUGUUGGCAACUCCCUCAUUGCAAUGUACGGGAAAUGCCACUGCUCGGAGCUCGCGCGGGAGGUGUUCGACGGGAUGCCCGAUAGGAAUUUAGUCAGCUUUACCGCCAUGAUUGGAGCGUAUGCGCAGAAUGGUCGCUAUGACGAGGGGCUUUCCCUGUUCAGACAGUUGCUCCGAGAGAAGAUGAUUGGGCCCAACAGGGCGACAUUCUUGAACGUGAUGUCCUGUGUCUGUGGAGCCGAUAACGCCCACUGGCUGUACGGCCUCGCUGUGGAGAAAGGUCUUGCUUCGGACAUAUCUGUUCAGAAUGCGGCUUUACGUAUGUUCUCCAACUGCGGCAGAGUCGAUACUGCCAGGAGACUGUUUAACAGCAUGCCUGAUAGAGAUUUGGUAUCAUGGAGCUCGAUGAUUGAGGCCUGUGUCCAGGCCGAUCUCUCUGUGGAGGGUCUGGAGCUCUUUAAGAAUUUGAAGCAGCAGGGGACAGCUCUGGACUACGUGACCCUUCUCAGUGUCAUCCGUGCCUGUGCAAGCUUUGUCUCCAUCCGCCGUGCCCAUUUCAUCCAUGGGAUUACCCUCAGAAGCCUUCCAGAGCUUAACGUUGUGCUUGAGACGGCCUUAUUAGAGCUGUACGUGAAGUGUGGUAGCAUCCGAUCUGCACGCAGAGUCUUUGACCAAAUGAGGGACAAGAAUUUGAUCUCAUGGAGUACGAUGAUCUCUGGUUAUGGAAUGCUCGGCCAUGGGAGGGAGGCACUGAAGCUUUUCGAGGAAAUGAAGAAGGUGGUGACACCAGAUCAUAUUACUUAUGUGUCAGUGCUCUCAGCUUGCAGCCAUGCUGGGCUGGUUGACGAAGGCUGGCAAUGCUUCAAUUCCAUGAGUGAAGAAUCUGGUGUCGUCCCUAAGGCAGAGCACUAUGCAUGCAUGGUUGACCUCAUGGGGCGGGCUGGCUGUCUGAAGGAAGCUCUCAGGUUCAUCAAGCGAAUGCCAGUGGCUCCAGAUGCCGCCGUCUGGGGAUCAAUGCUUGGCGCUUGUAGAAUCCAUUCCAAUGUGGAGCUCGCCGAGCUCGUGGUGAAGUCUCUCUUCGAACUAGACCCAAAGAAUUCAGGACGCUAUGUGUUAUUGUCGAAUAUAUACAUGUCUGCUGGCAAAAAGGAAGAUGCCGAUCAUGUCAGAGCUCUGAUGAAGAGGAGAGGAGUCAAGAAGAUAUCAGGCCAUACGAUCAUAGAAGUGAGAGACAGAGUCUACAAGUUCUUGGCUGGGGACCGAUCAAAUCCUCAGUCAGACUUGAUCUAUGAAGAGCUCGGGAAGUUGAUGAAGAGGAUCCGCAAGGAAGGCUAUGUGCCUGAUACGAAUUUUGUGCUGCACGACGUGGAGGAGGAGACAAAGGAGCAGCUUCUGUAUGCACACAGUGAGAAGCUGGCCAUCACCUUUGCACUCCUCAAUUCGAAGCCAGGGAGUGAGAUUAGGAUGCACAAGAAUCUGAGAGUCUGUGGGGACUGCCAUACUGCAACCAAGUUCAUCUCCAAAGUCACGAAGAGAGAGAUUUUGGUGAGGGAUUCCCAUAGAUUCCAUCAUUUCAAGUGUGGGGAGUGCUCUUGUGGGGAUUACUGGUGA